UCUACCACUGCUGCACAUCCACUUAGAAGGGAUGCGUCUCUCUGCACCCGUUUUCCUUUUGCUGUGGGUGAAAGCCCUCACGUUAAAAAACCUCAAUUAUUCCGUCCCGGAGGAGCAGGGACCUGGAACUGUUAUAGGCAAUAUAGCAAAAGACGGCGGAUAUGGGACUGUAGAGAGAGGGAAGAAAUCCAACUUCAGGGUGCUGGAGAAUUCAGCCCCGCAUCUGGUGGAUGUUGACCCCGAGAGUGGACUAAUCUUCACCAAACAAAGGAUUGACAGAGAGACGCUAUGUCGGCGCAACCCCAAGUGCCAGCUCUCUAUGGAGGUGUUCGCCAAUGACAAGGAAAUUUGCAUGAUCAAGAUUGAUAUACAGGACAUCAAUGACAACUCCCCCAGUUUCCCUUCAGAUCAUGUGAAUAUUGAUAUCUCUGAGAAUGCAGCUGCUGGGACACGCUUCCCCCUCACUAUUGCACAUGACUCAGAUUCUGGGGAAAAUGGAAUAAAGACCUAUCAGGUUACAAGAGAUGACUACAAUACCUUUUCUUUGGAUUUAAAAGUGAGGGGUGAUGGAACUAUAUACCCAGAACUGGUGGUUCAGAGACCCCUCGAUAGGGAGGAUCAGAGUCAUCACACUCUUCUUCUUACUGCAAUCGAUGGUGGGGAGUAUCCGAGAUCAGGCUCCAUGCAAAUCAACGUCAGAGUGACUGAUUCAAAUGACAAUAGCCCUGUUUUUGAAAAAUCUUCCUAUGUGCUAGAGAUUCCUGAGAAUUCUCCCCCUGGAAAAAUACUUAUAGAUCUGAACGCCACUGACCAGGAUGAGGGAAGCAACGGGCAGGUGGUCUAUUCCUUCACUGGAUAUGCAUCUGAGCGAAUACAAGAUUUGUUCUCAAUAGACCCAAACACUGGCGUCAUUAAGGUCCAGGGAGAGAUUGACUUUGAGGAGAAUCCAAUCAUAGAGUUUGAUGUGCAGGCAAAGGAUCUGGGGCCCAAUCCGAUACCAGGACACUGUAAAAUUACUGUGAAAGUACUUGACAAAAAUGAUAACCUGCCAAUUAUAAGUUUUGUCUCUGUUCGGCAGGGAGCAAUCAGUGAAGCAGCUCCUCCAGAGUCUGUCAUAGCACUGGUCAGAGUGACUGAUAAAGACUCAGGGCGUAAUGGCCAGCUCCAGUGCCGGGUUCUGGGAAAUGUGCCCUUCAGACUUCAGGAAAACAAUGAUAAUUUCUACACUCUGCUUACAGACAGACCUCUGGACAGAGAAACAAAAGAUGAAUAUAAUGUCACAAUUGUUGCAAGAGACAACGGGAACCCAUCUUUGAACAACACCAGGUCAUUCACUGUGAAAAUCUUAGAUGAGAACGACAAUGCACCGCGCUUCACAAAGACACUCUAUGUGCUGCAGGUGCCUGAGAACAACAUCCCGGGAGAGUACUUGGGCUCCGUCGUGGCACAUGAUCCAGAUGUAGGUCGUAAUGGAACUGUUUCAUACUCCAUACUCCCAUCCCACAUUGGAGACGUAUCUGUCUACACGUACGUGUCUGUUAAUCCCACAAAUGGAGCAAUCUACGCCUCUCGCUCCUUCAACUACGAGCAGACAAAGUCCUUUGAGUUCAAGGUUCAAGCAAAAGACAGUGGCUCUCCUCACAUGGAGAGCACUUCUACAGUCAGGGUCAAUGUCCUUGAUGUGAAUGACAAUCUUCCAGUUAUUAUUUUACCACUGCUGCAGAACGAUACGGCUGAGAUCCCAGUACCUAGAAACGUGGGAAUUGGGUACAUUAUUGCUACAGUAAAAGCAGUGGACCAUGACCAUGGAGAAAGUGGGCACUUAACCUAUGAGAUCACAGAGGGAAACGAUGACCACCUGUUUGAGAUAGACCCAGUGGGAGGAGAGGUCAGAACUGCCCAUGCUCUCUGGGAGGAGAUUGCCCCAGUGGUUGAGCUGGUGGUGAGAGUAACUGACCAUGGCAAGCCCCCCUUAUCUGCUGUGGCUAAGCUGAUCAUUAAGGCAAAUACAGAAACAACGACAGGAGGGGGUUCCAGUGCGAGUGGGGAACAGCAGCACUGGGACGUGUCCCUGCCCCUCAUAGUUACCCUCUGCAUUAUCUCUGUCAUGCUCCUGGCCGUCAUGACUGCCAUCGCUGUCAAGUCCAAGCAUCAAGAUAAGGAUGCUGGGAAUUAUAACUGCCGCAUGGCUGAGUACUCCAAUCCUCCGGUGGGGAAGGGAAAAAAGAAAAGGAUCAACAAGAGUGACAUCAUGUUGGUGCAGAGUGAGAUGGAGGAGAGGGAUUCUGCGAGCCGGAUGAACGUUGUCAGCAGCCCGUCCCUGAUCACUUCACCCAUAUGCUUCGACUACCAGAGCCCGCUGCCGCUCACACUGCCCAGGUCAGAGGUCAUGUACCUGAAAACCACCCCAAACAGCCUCACUGUGCCCAGGUCGGGGUGCCACUCCAGUUUUGCUGGGCUAAACACAGAAACUCAAGCGAAUAGGAUGUCAGUCAUACAGACUGAAAAUUUCUCAUCAGAGCCCAAUUAUUCUGGCAGCAGGCAGCCAUUUGUUCAAAGCUCAACAUUUAAGGAUGCAGAACGAGCAAGUCUCAGAGACAGUGGCCAUGGUGAUAGUGACCAGGCUGAUAGUGACCAGGAUACUAAUAAAGGCUCACACUGCGACACAUCUGCCAGGGAGGCCCUCAAGAUGAAAGCGGCAGCAGUUAAUGGCCAGCCUUUUGAAAAGGAGCAAGACAAAUCAGUCCACUGCACCGAUGAAUGUCGUGCACUGGGACACUCUGACAGAUGCUGGAUGCCAAAGUUACGGGUAGGAAGCCAAGCAGACAGCGCAGAUAAUCGCACCAACCUUUUCAUCCCUGUGGGAAUGGAUGCCAUGGUAGAGACAGAGAUUUAUGGCACCAUCAGCUGCAGCAGCAGAAAGACCCUCACCACGUUUGGAAAAGAACAGCGGGACAGUACAAUCCUCGUGGCCAAUGUUAAACCUUACUUAAAAUCGCAGCGUGCGCUAAGCCCACCACUCCAAGAGAGUCCAUCUGCGUCCGGCAGCCCCACCAAGAGCGGCGCGCCCCUGGACUUGGCCAGCCGAGAGCCCAAAGAAGAAAGGGACGGGGGAUCAGACAGCAGUGCCUAUGGCCCUCCAGAUGGCCAGUGCUCCCCGCUGCACACCGAGCUGGAGGAGCCCUCCUACCUGACCUGUGAGCUCAGGCCUAAGUCCCUGUCAAGCUGUCUCAUUCACAGCUCUGUCAUCAGUCAAGAGUGUGGGGGGUCGGAUUGUGCUCCCGACCAGAGGGACUCUGGCAACUGACAGGAGAGGUGAUGGUACUCUCCGGCUCCCUCUCACCUGCCAGGGGUGUGAUGAUGAUGAUGAUGACGAUGAUGAUGAUAACCUGAAUUGAUGACCAGGAGUUGAUUUAUUUUGACCCACAGAGAUGUUCAAACGCAUUGUAUAACCAAAAACCAUCUGCUUUCUAUGUUUUAUGUUCUGUUUGUUUAUUUCUUUUUUUACUUUUUUAGUUUGUGACUUGUUGUGUUUAGGUGAAAUAUGUGUCCUUGACUGGUGUGAAAGUUUUGGGUGGGAUAUCGGGGUGGUGGGAAUCAGUGCUAACCUAACUUCAAACGUUUUCAUGGUGUACUGUACAUGUCAAUUUAGAUGUCUGUAUUUUACACAUUUCCAGCUCCGAUUUUGUGAGGCUAUUGAACAAACUGCUACUGUUACGCUACGAGUCCUGUCUGCUUUUGUACAGUGAAGCUUUCUGUCUCCAUUUAGUGUAUAAGAACCAUUACUUUGAAAAUCACAAAGGAGCCGAAAUACAUAUCAAGUGACGUUACAUUAAAAAAAAGUGAAGUGUCUUAUGAACUGUUAAUGGUGGUGCAACAGGGAAUGUCCCUUUUCAUAAAAACCAUUUAAAGUUCCUAUAAAGAAAACAAACAUUUUUUUAAGAAUGUAUUUGUAAUUUUAUUGUCGUCCUCUGCAGUUUAUGUGGAAAUAAGCUGUGCUUUAUGUGGGCUACUGUACUCGUUGUGUACUUUAUUAAAUUUGUAUACACUGUGCGAAUGAAGGGCAGUUUUUUUUUUUUUUUUUUUGACUGACACAACUUCUGAAGCUGUUGUGGUUUAUGUGGAAGAACUAGACUUUUGUCUUUUAAAUGUUCUUUUGUGUGUUCAUGACAGAUAGCACUAGUGACACUGCAAUAGGCAUGGGCCACUUACCCAGAAGAAAAAAGAACGCCACCUACCAUCUUUGCAGUGUAAAAGUCCCUUAUUUAAAAGACUGUGAAAAGAAAGUGCCACAUAGAGCAAAAUGACAACUUUGUGUUCCUCCAUUACCUGCUGUUGCACUGAUGGUCAGCUGGCUCAGUGAGGAUUGCUGUGCUUUUUUUUCCCCCUUCAAACAAAAUAAAAGAAUUUAUAUGUUUAGAACAAUUAGUUUUUACUUUUGAGCGCUACUGCUACAUUAAGCAGGUGUUUUUUCUAUAGUUUUGCUAUGAUUUUCCUUAAAGUCUGUGUUUCAAAGUAGAAAAAAGAAAAACAAAUAAAUGGAUUUGAUAUCAUCGUUA